AAACUAGAGAGAGAUGGAAUUCCAUAAGAGUUAUCUUGAUUUAAUACUGAUACCUUUAUCGUUCAGUAUAUCGAUCGGGUAUCAUAUUUGGUUAUGGCAUAAGAUUCGAACUCAACCAGUCUCAACUGUUAUCGGUGUCAAUGCCCAUGGACGUCGGUUAUGGGUGUCCACCAUCAUGAAGGAUAACGAAAAGAAAAAUAUUUUAGCCGUCCAAACAAUCAGAAACACAAUCAUGGGAUCAACCCUAAUGGCCACAACAUCUAUACUUUUGUGCUCCGGUUUGGCUGCGGUUAUCAGUAGUACAUACAGCGUUAAGAAACCACUUAACGACACCAUUUAUGGGGCACAUGGAGAAUUCAUGGUGUCACUGAAGUAUGUAACGCUCCUCGUUCUCUUUCUCUUCUCUUUCAUGUGCCAUUCUCUAUCAAUUAGAUUCAUAAGUCAAGUGAAUUACUUGAUCAAUUGCUCACAAGAUUCAACAGUAGUGACUUCUACAUACGUAUCAGAGCUUUUAGAGAAGAGCUCCGCACUUAAUGCAAUAGGAAACCGCAUUUUUUACUCAGCGCUUCCGGUUGUUCUUUGGAUUUUUGGUCCGGUGCUUGUGUUCUUAUGUUCUUUGACCAUGGUGCCCGUGCUUUAUAAUCUUGAUAUCUUGAAUGGAGAUUCGAAGAAGGGAAGGACAAGUGAUAUAGGAAAUGAGGUGUGAUAUGUUGAUUUCCGAAAUUGUAUUUUUGUUUGUAUAAUUUAUUCUCGUUAUUUAUGAAGCUUAGGUGUAGUUUAUCAAAUGCUUAAUCACAUGGUAAGUGUUUACUGGCAAUAGUUAGUACUCGCAUUUACCAUGUCAGAUAACAUUCUCGGUUAAUUAAAAGUGGAUUAUUUGUAA